UGGACACCUGAAGAUGAUAGAAGAUUAUUAGAGCUUUACAAAGAAGUUGGAAAUUGUUGGGAAUAUAUUGGAAAUGAAUUAAUGCAUCCUCGUUAUGCUUGUUAUCUUCGUUAUUACAAAUUAAUUGGAAAAGAAAAUUCUGAUGGAAAUUGUGAUUAUUUGGCUGAUCAUUUAACUCGAAAUCCAGUUUUGGUCGCAAUUAUCCCAAAAUAUGCAAAUCUUGAUGAAAAUGUUAAUUGGGAUGAUAAAGAAAUAAAUUUGCCUUCUAGAUCGCCUUCUCAAAUUAAAGAAAAAUGGUAA